UCUGUUGUUAGCAUUACCUGCAAACGAGUUACAGAAAAUGAUCUGGCAAAUAUUGACUGGGCUCACUCGGAUUUCCAAAAACUGUUUUCUCAGCAAGUAGAAGAAAAUGCAGACAUGAAACCCUGGCCAGACUCUUUGGAAUUGUCCUAACUACAAUCCUUGGAGAUGAAGCCUAUUUAUAAAUGGAUGCUGGUGGCUGGGAUUCUAGCUGUUCUCCACUGUCAGCCUCUUCCUGAUUAUGAGGGAAAUAAUGAAACAGAGAUCUACUUACAGGAUGAAAAACACUCAGAAACAGCCCUACCAUGCCACAAAAUCUCCACCAGCAAUACCAAUUUUGCCCUACGCUUAUACAAGGAAUUAACUUUAGCAGCCCCCAGGGAGAACAUUUUCUUCUCCCCUGUGAGCAUCUCCAUUGCUCUAGCUAUGUUGUCCUUUAGGACCCAAACUACAGUUAGGACUCAGAUACUAGAGGGGUUGGGCUUCAACCUUACAGAGAUACCUGAGUCUGAAAUCUACAAGAGCUUCCAGCACCUCAUCCACAAGCUAAACCUGAGCAGCAAAAAACAUGAACUGAAGGUAGGAAGUUUCAUGAUCCUGGAUAAGCAGGUAAAACCACUUCAUGAAUGGCAUAGCCUGAAGGAAUGGUAUGAAGCCACAACUUUUACUAGGAACUUCACUAAUUUUUUCUCAACUAGGAGACAGAUGAACAAAUACAUAGAGAGCCAAACAUAUGAGAAAAUUAGAGAGUUUCUUCAAGACUUCAAUCAGGAAGCUGCAAUGGUGCUCGUGAAUUAUAUAUUUUUUAAAGCCAAAUGGAUGCACCCUUUCAAACACUAUUGGAUGAAGAAGCACAUGAGUUCCUCCAUAGAUGAGAAGAUCAUUAGGCCCUCUAUGAUGCACCAAAAAGCACAGCACCGGUUUUUGUAUGAUAAGGAGCUGGCCUGUAUUGUACUCCAGAUGGAAUACAUUGAGGAUGUCCUCAUUCUUCUCAUUCUGCCAGAUGAAGGGAAAAUGAUGCAAGUGGAAGAUUCUCUGAAGCCAGAAACUCUGAAGAAAUGGAACAAAUUACUAUUGCCCAGUCUGCUAAAUUUACAUUUGCCAAAGUUUUCGAUUUCUGGGGCAUAUAGCCUGGAAGAAAUACUUCCCAAAAUGGGUUUUUCCAGCAUAUUCACUCCAGAAGUCAAUCUAUCCAACACCACUGAACAACUACACCUGGCAAUCUCAAAGUUGCUGCACCAAGUUGCGGUGGACAUGAAUGAGAAAGGCACCAAAGCUGUGGCCACCUCCACCUUUCUAUCCCAGCCUGAGACUCUGAGCCAAGCAUCUCCACUGAGUAUUCAUUUUGACAGGCCCUUCCUACUGCUGAUUUGGGAAGUAUCUGCCCAGAGUUUGCUUUUCCUUGGAAAAAUUAUAACCCCCACAGCGAGUUAACUUUGCAAGAAAUUUACCCUUAAUACGAUUGAUACUACGUGGGAAUGACAUCACAGCACCAAUUAAGUCUGCACCCAUGGUAGCCACUCUCAAACCUCUCACAGAGCAAAUCCUCCUUCUUUAAGGGCCCCUCUUUCAUCAUUGGCCCAGAUCCAAUCACCUUGACUACACUAUGAGAUCUGAGAUUGGGUUUACCACCAACAAAUCUGCUGGGGUUUUUUCACUUCCUGUACCAUACUCUGGCAAAUAGCCUUGUUGGACACUGUAAUGGGUUCCUCAAACAACAGCUUGGUCAUCAUGCAGCUGACUAUCAUGGUUGGUUGUUCCACCUCCUAGAAACAAAUCAAUACCUAGUAACAGAAAAGGUUCUCCCUCCCAAUGAUUUCUCAGUUCCAGCCUAUAGGAAGACCUACCUAAUAAAGAUGGAUUGCUUUUAAACCUC